GCACACACCAACAUGAACACCGUAAUUCUCGCCGUCGUUGUGGCCGUGGCCGCCGCCGCCCCCCAGUACGCAGCCCCUCAGGCUCCUACCCGCUACGGUGGCUCCAGCGAGGAGGUGCCCAUUAUCAGGCACGAUUUUGUACCUGGGAAUGAAGGCUCCUACAAACUGGACGUGGAGACUGGCAACGGCAUCGUGGUAUCCCAGUCUGGCUCCCCCAGCGGCCCCGGAGGAGCCGUAGCCAAGGCUGGUCAAUAUUCCUACACUGCUCCUGAUGGCACUGACGUCGUUGUGAAGUUCGUCGCCGACGAGAACGGCUACCAGCCCCAGUCUGACCUGCUGCCAGUGGCUCCUGCCUUCCCCCACCCAAUCCCUCAGUUCGUGCUGGACCAGAUCGCUAAGGCUGCCGAAGAGGACGCCGCCGCCGCCCGCGGCAAGUCCUCUGGACUCUCCGGCAGUUAUGGUACUCCUCAGUAAAUAUAACCGCAAGAAUGAUCGGAAAAUAUCUCCACGAAUACAAGUUAUGAGUGAACUUUGUGCAGAUAUUCGAGUGUGACUGAAUAUUUAUUUACGUGUGAUAUAUUAUCACUGUUUAGUUAAAUAAAUAUAUGAGACAAAUUUGAUUUUCAUUUUAAUUUUGUCACUAGAUUUAUAUAAAUUUAAAGAUACAUUCAAACAACAUGCAAAUAUGCGGAAGAGACUAAUUAAACUUAAAUAUUAA